UUAGGUAGUGUGUAUACAAAUGCGUCAGUGUUUUGUUUACUUGUAAAGACGUGUUUGUGUUGCCGCUGUAUUUGUUUCGUGUACAGUUGCUAAGAUAGUUUUUCAUGAACUGUAACAGGAAUGAAUACAAACAUGAAACGAAAUAUUCAACCUGAAAAUUUAGCAGAUAGCCCAGAAUCUGGAAAAAGAAUACGAACAAGUAGCAAAAUGGAAGCUGGUGAUGGAGAUGAAGGAACACCAAUAGGUAGAGUCAUAUCGAUUUUUUCCUUAUUGUGUGUAAUAAUUUAUCACAAAUGUUUUGUAAAGGUUCAAAUACCCAUGCUAAUGUCAUUGUUGUUUAACUUUUAUGCAAAAGUGGAAAACUCAAAAUGGCAGCUUUCAAAAGUUGAUGUGAAAGAAAGGUUGGAAUAUUUGAGAACUUCAGCCAGUUUCAGUGACUGUGUGCUGCUUGUAGGAAGUGGUGAUGCCGUAGAGACAAUACGGACACAUAAAAUGGUUCUUUGCAUGUCAAGUGUGAAAUUCGAGGAAAUUUUAUUGACUCGUUCAGCAGAAGAUGCCAUUACCAUAACUGAUGUGGAACCUCGUAUAUUUCAUUUGAUGCUUGACUACAUGUAUUUGGAUAAACCAAUCAUCAAAUCAUCAGAAGAUGCUUGUUUGCUGUACAAAGCUGCAGUAACAUAUCAGAUGCCUCAUCUAUGUGAAAUAAGUGCCAAAGUUUUAUCAAAAAGUUUAAAUCUUGAUAAUAUCUGGUCAAUAUUAAAGUUGGUAUCAGACACCCAAGAAACAUCACUUAAGGAAGAAUGUGAAAAGUUCAUCAGAAAACAUCCAUUAGCAAUUCUUCGGCAUGACAAUUUUAUAAAAGUUGAUGCCAAUAUUGUGCUUUUGAUGGUUGACCUGGACUGCUUUGAUGUUCCAGAAAUAGAUAUUUACACUGCAGUAGAUAAGUGGGCUGAACAUCAGUGUGAAAAAGUGAACAUAGCAGCUGAUAGGAACAACAAACGAGAAGUUAUUGGGUCAGAUAUACUGAGGAAACUGCGUUUUUUGGCACUAAAUAAAGAGCAGUUUGUGGAAAAAGUGGCAUACACUACGGAGAAUUCUACUACUUGUUUAUUAUCUAUUGAGGAAAGUUAUGCUGUGCUGAUGAAUAUGACAGUACCUGGAUGUUAUCCAAUGCCUACAGGUUUCACAGUUGAUAAUAAACCAAGGAAGUUGUCAAAAUUGCGCUGUAUACGUAAAGUUCAGCCGAUAUCUGCCCAGCCACCUUAUGCUUCAUACAAUACUCCCCCAUAUACGUCACCUACAACAUUUCCCCAUAUGGCUGUUGUUGCCAUGCCUACAGCUUCACCAAGUGGAAAUCUUGGUGGAAAAAAUUUUUCUUUGGAGAUAAGAGUUGAUUUUCCCAUAAUGCUGUUUGGAAUCCAAGUUCCAACACUGUUGUUUCCAUCUCAACAGGGACCUCUAGGACCCAGAGAUUAUGAUGAAUCUUUUAUUGUUACUGUUCUAGACUCUUCGGGAAGCCCCAUCAGCCAUACUGUUUAUUCUGGAAAAGUUCCUUAUGGGUCUGCAUUUGACAUUAGCCUUAAAGAUCCUGUUCUUCUGCAGAAAAAUACAGGUUAUAAAAUUCAAAUAUACACAAGUAACACAUACUUUUUGUGUAGGAAGCUUUCUAACAUUGAGCACUGCCCACCAGUGAAAUUCACUUUCAAAGAUUCUACAAAAGUUGCUCCUCCAAAUACAAAUCCAAUGUUUGUGACAAGCAACAUGAAACAGGACUCUGAUUUUGGUUUUGUCACUCAGAUUAUAUAUUCUUUAUGGGGUUAGCUUGGUUAUACUGUUGAAAGUUAAGCAUUAUGAAUCCUCAUUUUUUCACAGCAUUAAUCUCUUUUCUGCUCAGGUGCUUUUCCACCUUUUACAUUUUCAGUCAUCUGGAAUUUUCCAUGAAGUCAAUUGUUGUAUGCAGGUUUUUUUAGCAGCACUGUGAAUGAAUGUUAAAUACAUUGUAUCAUAUGUAUUUUCUUCGUGUGAACUGGGCACAGACUGAGUAAGUACUAUGUUUUAUUUGACUGAUCUUUUAUGUAACUGUCAAAACAGUACACUGUGACAUUUAGAGUGAGGAAAGGUAUGUGUAAACAUAUAUUCAUACACAGACCAGUAGAUAUAAGAUAAAGUGAAUAUGUACAUAUAUUUUCAUGACAAAUUGCUGUAAUGGCAAUAGUUUUUUCCUUCUGUUUCCAUUGUUUUUUUCCAUACAUAGAACUCCUUUACAGAAUAGCUUCAUUGUAUAUUACUAUGUUGAAUAGAGAUAAGCUUUUUUGUUUAAGGAAGCAAAAGUUUGUUUUAAAUGAGGAACUAACCCUCAUCAACACUGCUUUCCCUCCCCCUCUCCCCUUUUCUCCUUCCUCUUCUCACUUUUCCUGUCUCUCAACAUAAUCCCUGUAGAAAAUCUGUUGUGCAGUUAGUAGUAUUGAGUCUUUGUUCGUGUAAAUAAGUUAUUGGGUACUGAAGAUGUGUGUAUUUGUGAAUGUAAAACUUGUAAAUGCUACAGUAAAUAUUUAUUUAAUGGAUGUUUUGAAAACCACCUUUUGAUAACUGCUGCAAGUACACUUUGUCUUCUAAUGGGUAUGCUUGUAAUAAUGCAUACUUUCUCAGUAUUGUAAAAUAGUAAAAUAAUAAGAGUGCAGGAAAUCUCAUUUGUGUAUAUACGCAAACAAAUAGUUAAUAAUGUAACCAAUAUUUUUGUAUGUAUGAACACAAAAGUUGAAUGACUGAAUUUUGGAAGGUUGACUCUUCUUACAGAUCUGUUGUGCUUUCCUUUAUUUGCUUGUAUAUGUAUAUUUCUGUAUGUAAAUGUGAUUAACUCAAAGAUUCUUUUUCGUAGAAACAGUUGCUUUUGGCACUGUUAUGUAAAGAACCCAUGUUCUUUUUGUAGUGUACAUUAUUGGCUGUUAAAUAAAAUUGAUAAAUACAAGACAGUUAA